UUACAUUCUCAAGGACUCCAGAGUCGAGAAGGACAAAGUAUAUACAAGCUUGCGGGAGGCCUCAUUAACCUAGGACUCUGAGAUGAGUUUCAUUCGGGGCACGAACCGCUUCCAGGUGUCCCUGCAGCAGGUGAUCAGGAGCUGGUACAGCACGUCGGGUCUUCCAAAUCACGGCGUCAUUGCUGCCAAACAACCCUUUAAAGUUGAAUUGGAAAUGAAUAAACCCUACACCUGGUGUGCAUGUGGAUACAGCCGUAAGCAGCCAUUCUGCGAUGGGACUCACAAUUCUGUGCAAACAAAAAUGAGCCCAAUUAAGUUUAACGUGGAGAUGACUGGAUAUACACUUCUCUGCGGUUGCAAACAGACAGCGAACUCUCCUUACUGUGAUGGAACCCACAAGAAGAAUUGGGUCCAACAGGCUUCUCUCUCUACGUGUCCAUCAAGAAGCUAACGCUGGAGCAUAUCUACGGGAAUGUCUUUCUUGCCACGUUCACAGUCUCGCAGCGCUCUUUAAUUGAGAUAGUGGGUUAUGAAAAUAGACUUUCUGGAAAUCUCUGUUUAAUUGUCUCAUUUCAGUCGCUGAAUUGAACCACAACAUAUUAAUCAAAAACAACAACAAAUUAUAUUUAUAAAGCCUCUUUCACGUCAGAAGGACUUCCCAAGAUGCUGGGCAGUCUUUACUCUGGAAGUAUCUGCAAACCUCACGCACCGUAUUUUAUUUGUAAAAUAGGAAAUUUGAGAGAAGUGACAGGAAAGAUUUUAAGCCACUUUCCUUUUUUUUAAAACGGAAACCUUCAAAUGAAACCCAGGAUUUUCCACCAUUCGGCUCCAUCUUAAAUUUUAGGGCAAAAUGUGACAAUGUGUCUCAAGGCCGAGAAUGGUUUGAAUCUCAAGCAACACUGUGGUGAUCUGCUACAACGACUUUCUUCUCAUUCCACCCAGCAGCACACUCGGCCCAUCGUGCCUGUUGCCAGCUCUUCAAAAGAGAUACCCAAUUAGUCUCACUCCUCCGCUCUUACCCCAUAGCCCUGCAAUUUUUUUUCCUUUUCGAGUCCCUAUCCAAUUCCCUUUUGAAAGCUGCCAUCGAAUCUGCUUCCACCACCUUUACAGGGAGGGCACUCCAGAUCGUAACAAAUUCGCUGAGUAAAACAGAUUCUCCUCGUCUCCCCUCUGGUUCUUUAGCCAAGAAGUUUUGUAAGAAAUAAUUUAUCAAAAGCAAUGACAAAAUACCUUUGCAACCUCCUUGGCCUUUACGAACCUGACCGUUACCCUCACUUGACCCACACUUGCCUCUUCCCCUACCCCCAUUGCCAUCACCAUCACUGGGUGGGAGGGUGGCCUUUCAGUCACUUGCUGCUUGCUCUCUGGAUCUCCAUUCCGGAUCGCUCUAACGUUCUCCCAACCCUCAAAAUAUGCCUCAAAAUAUACCUCUUUGACUAUUGUUUUGGCCAUCUUUCCCUGACCCCACACCCUCACCCUCAGCACUGGUGCUCAGACACAAUUGUCGAGCACCUUGAGACCCCCUCCCAAGGUGACAGUACUGUAAAUUGUAUUGCCCCACAGACAACUCCACAGACAUCGCAUUCCUCAGAAUUGGUGGUAAGGAUUUGACAGAAAUAAACUAAUCCGAUUUGGUUGAGUCGUAUUGAAGCCAACUCAGUUACUAACCUGGUCACCACCAAACCAUCCUUCCCCUCAUCUCCUGGUUGUGAUAUUAUGAUGUGAGCUUUGGUCUUGAACUAAAUCACAGGGAACCCUUGAUGGCCAUGGAAUAUAAGGAGAUACAAACAGUCUUAUUGAAUGGCGCUCUCCUGGAUCCAUUUCCCGACAGUUGACGUAUUGUGUGGGGGAAGGUGUAACGUUACAGUGAAGAAGGGUUAAAUGUCAUCUUCAGAACCAGGACUGGCGACAUUUGGCACAGCCAGACCAGAGUCAGAGCAAGACUUGAUACCACACAGGUAUCUCUCACCACCUCAAUACCCCAUUUUCUCUCUGAGACGAACGUUUUAAGAUUUUGACAAACCCUGUACGACUUCACUGUCUCAGAAAAAAUUAUGGUAGUAUGUAUUAAAAGUAUCUUACCUCC